AUGAUUUGUUUCUGAUAACGUCGCAAAAGGAAUAAUAAAUGUAUUUCAUGUCACGGUGACUAAAUCAACUUUCGAUUUGAACUGUUAAUGGCGAUAUGAAUCGUGGAUAAUUAUUAAUCAUUUAAUCACAUUUGGUAUGGACUGUAUCUUUUUCUUACUGAACGUGUUUGGGUCAUUUCAACGACAUGUGUUUAUUGGGAACACGAUAUUUUGCUUAAACUAUAAGACAGGCAUGUAGCGUUACCUAAGUUUUGCUAUUCAACGUUACCUCCCAAUAUGGAGAACAAGCGAAUUGUGACAUCCACGGCUCUUGCUAAGGCUUUGAAUGACAUUGGCGUCAAUAAUGAAACGAUUCAAUUGAGAAGGACAACAUGGCUUUAUAUUGAAGCUUUUGAAACCAUCAAUGAAAAGGCACAGGACCGGGAUGUCGAUGUUUACACUUUCGGAAGCCAAAACGAAGGUACUACGACAGAAGGCAUGCACUCAGACAUUGAUGUUCUAAUGUGCGACAAAGCAUGGCCGGUGAUUCAAGAUUUCGCGGACUGGCAAUUUGGGAAACUGCAGUUAUUUGUGGUUACGGACAUGUCGCCCCCGCCCCAAUGCUGCUGUCUGCAAGGCGUAUUGCCUAAUUAUCCUGAAUUAUUGACGGAGAGUACGCUUCCAGGCCAUCAUAUGGAUGCUCAAGGACGGGUGUUCCUGAAAAACACUCUGCACGAAACGCAUAUCAAAAUGACCUGCGAUGAGUGGGGUAUUGACUUUGUCAAACACGGUCCGUCGCGAACCAUUCACGAAGAAGUAGAUAUGGUCCGCGCAUUUUACUGUGCAAAACUGCCUGACGAUUGUCAAUACAUUUUCCGAAGGCCAAAGCCUGGGCAUUGGCCUGGGUCCAAAUUGUUGACACAGCUUAAGAAUAGCGGGGUAUUCCUUGUUCCGACUGCGCAUGUUGAGAACACAACACACUGGGAUCCGCGCAAACACCUAGGGACAUUAGCAGUACGAACAUUUGACAACUCUCAUGAGCUUCAUUGGAGGUUAUCUACCAAUUUAAUGGAGCGGCUGUUGGUGUCCGACCUUACAAUACCGCAAAUGAAAGUGUACGUAGUCAUGAAAAUGAUCAGAAAAGAGUUUUGCAAGCCGCUCGUUGGCGACCGCUUAAGCACGUUUCACUUGAAAACUGCGUUGCUGUAUAGCGUGGAAAGGUCUUCCACAUGCAUCUGGGGAGAUGAAAAUCUUAUCCAAUGUUUGAAAAUUUGGUUGACAACAUUAAGGCGAUGGUUAAAGGCGCGAUAUUGCCCACACUACACGACGGCAAAUGUGAAUUUGUUCGCCGGUAAACUUCGAUGGAACGAGUUUCCGGUAUUGAUAGAAUUAUUCACGGAUAUGAUCCGCAACGAUGUGUCUUGUUUGAAUAACGUACAAAUGGACGAUCUUGGUAACCGUAUAUCUUCGAAUUCCAAAGAAUGUAAUCGUUGGCUUCAUUGCGCAGAACUUGAUACCGUUGUUGCCGAAAAGUCAUUUAAACACGUGAUCUAUCACUUAUGCGUCUAUGUUUACUUAAUGGAGAUGUUUGGAGCAGUAGAAACAUCAAAAGUAAUAAACGACCAUGCCCGGUACGUUCGAAACCUCGAAAGCAUAAAUAACACUAGCACGGGGAAAAUUCGUUCAGCAGUUUCCAUUGUAUUACCAUUCCAUUAUUCCAUUCAGACCGCAAUGAAGACAACGCUGUGUAUUGGUCAGAAUCAAAGCAUACCGCAGGAGAUUUUUACCAUGUGUGAUAAGUCACUGACGUCCGACGUGACCUCGAGUCGCCUUAAGUUGGCGUCGAUAUAUUUCUCGUUACGGCGUUCUAAAGAAGUAGAUGCGAUACUUGAGCAAGUAGACGCUCUCAUUUCAAACAAAGUAAUGCCUUACAGCCCUUUCAAGAAAUCUGAGUUUGAUUUAAAGCUGCUGGAACGGCGAAAAGAACUCCCAGACAUUUUGCAAAAUGUUAUUGCUCUGUGUACGAUAUUUAACAGACACGAAAUGAAUUGUGUCCCUGGGCAGCUUGUCGCUGAGUUUUACAGAACGGUAACGAUGGAGGAUGCAAAUUGCCGUCAUGCAUCGGACGGAAGUUUCUGGAUGGAGCUUGCAGUGGUUGAUUCCAGGACGUACAUGUACUACCUACAGUAUCUAACAUUUCGACUUACUGGAACAAUCAGCGGCAAACACAUUGCGUUUAAAAAUCUCCAAGAUCACGUGUUUUCAGAUGGAGAAAUGUGUGUCCCUAAAACGUUUGGUCACAUCGAAACCUCGCUGAAUCUGCUCGGACAUUGUUGGGAGCUUGAAGGCGAGUUGUCACAAGCUUGGCGAUGCUACAUGUUGUCAUUGAGUGUUCAACCGCAGAAUAACGCCGCUUACUGGCACAUGUUUAGAAUUAUUGGAUGGCUCAUUUACGGACCUUAAAACCAGGAUGCAUGAUCACGUGACUGUGCACAUAUGGGAUUACCAAUUAAACGUUAUUGGAUGUAAACACACUGGUAAAACAAUUUUUCUUACGAAUUUUAACCGGUUCAUAAAAUACAGAUUUUAAUGCUGCUUAUGGCAAUGUGAAAAACAUCACAAUUACUUUAUUUAAUAAGCAUGUGUUAUUGUUCAAAAAUUC